AUGGUCUCUAUAUCACUGCUUGACGGGCGGUUCACAAACCUAGGCGACAUCGCUCACAUUCUUUCUCCUCAAUACGAAGACUCGCCUUCUGUUCCUCGGCUGCACUCUGUUCGCUCGCCGUCUCCACUACGACGAGACAAGGAUCUCUCGCUCUUUACCGAGCUACUAUGCUCUGCACUACUUCAUGUCGCACUUGGAAACGCUGAACUCGAAUCAGAGCGACUUUUACGCUCCGACUCUGGGGCGCAAUGGUAUCGAGUUUCCACGGAUGACUUAGAGGCUCUGAUGACCAUAGGAGAGUUUGUGUCUGGUUUUGAUAUCAGCGAUGAAAGCGAAUUGGCGAAACUAUCACUUGCGGAUCUAUCGGUGAGACUAGAUGCGCAGAUUUUGGUACUGCCAGAGACGCCAUGCACGUCGUUCGUGGUUGGAAGCAUCUUACACGAGCAUUUCCGACUUAUUAAACCGAACACUCCGUGCUCUGACUCCAACUCUGGCCCCGACACUAUUGAUUCUAUUAGCGCCAACAGCUCCUUCUCAUCGACGCCGCCCGUACCUUCUCCCGGAGUCGUCGAAUCGACCACUCGGGGCCAGAAUUAUCCCUCUGCCGACACAUGCACGUUUACCACUAUUAGCUCUACUCUUUCAACGGCCGAAGUUGCCUCUACGUACUGCUCCUUGUCUAUUGCUCAGCCCGAUGUCGAAGAUCCCAUCCUCCCUUCUUUUCCCUCCCACGAAACAUCGCCCUCAAUCCCAGCACCACCACCGUCCUGCAUCUCACCCCAUCCUACUGCAAUAAACUCGCUCAAGGACUUUUGCACCACACAUACCAUCAGUGUGGCGGUGGCCGUCUCUCCCUCAGGGCUUGGGCUUAUGACGACUUCGCGCCCCCCUUGCACGCCGAAAGAUGACCCUACCGAUGUCGAAGAUGCUUCUGUAUCAGCGACGAAUGACUUGCAACAAAAGGAUAUUGGUCCCAAAGAUCUAGCCGGACAUGAAGUCGAGAUCGGGCUUGGGAUAUCUUCUGUGCUCGAUAUAUGUACUCAAACUGGCCUCAUCGGGUCUUCUAUCUCGACCAACAACUCUGUCAGCAUCACGAAGUUGGUCGCCAUAUCCUCUUCCCCUAUCCGCUCACGCUCACCACAGCCUGCUUCUUCGCCACCUACUUCUCGAGCGAUACUUCCACCUUUAUCAACGUCAUCGUCUUCUUCCAUCUCUGAAGCGGCGUCCACAAGUCCAGUCAAGGGAUCACAUAUCAGUCUCAAUCUGUUGUGUUCCAAGCCUUCGUCUUCUGCCGCUAACCUUUCCCCUGUCGAUGAUCCUUCUCGCUCGUCCUCUGUGCCCGCAUUGGCUCCUGCUACUAGACCGUCAAAUAACGAUGAAUCAAACCUCUCCCGUACCCAACGUGCUUUUUCCGCCGGCACUCCUGAGGUUAGAACUCCCGCUAGUCUAGCGUCUACAUUCAAAGCUAGAUCUGCGACCUCGAGAGUUGAGACUCUUUCGCCUUCCACUACCGUGUCUCGCCUUUCGUCCAACGCCACAUCAAUCUUCGCCACCGGUGUUCCGUCCACGCACAAUGCUCGUAAUUCCUCCACUGGUCAUCUCACCAGCUACUCAUCAUCAGACCAGAGCCCCACAUAUACCGCCUCUACCAAAGUCUCGACUCUCACGGCCUCAAGCAUCCGUUGUCGAGCGCCCCCUACCUUUAUCGGCCCACGGUCCUCGUCCACCCAUGGCGCUAAUUCCUCAAGUCCAGAAUCCGCAAACGCACCAUUCCUUGUUUCGUACCUAAGCUACGAUCAGAGCGGAUCAAUGCCUAGCAAACCUCGCUCCUCGCUUCCCUCUACUUUUCGUCUCCGUACGCCCAUCACGGGACCAGAGAAGUCUUCAUCGCCCGAACUUGCUCUAUCGAAACCCAUUCAAGCGUCGACCAACUCAGAUAAUAGACGCAGAACCCCAGCCACCGUGGUUGGAUCUACACCUCCCACCUCCGCUCCCCCGGCGAUGGUCUCAAAGCUCGCUAAUACAAACAACAACGGCCCCUUUCGUUCGAUCUAUGGUAUCAAUCCGAAGGCGAGUCAGUCUAGGGCGGGUCUCGAUGGGGCGAUAUUGUAUGCUUCGGGGGUGGCGAAGGGGUGGAAGAAAGGGAGGAACAGUUUCCCUGCCCAGGUGACCGAGAGGGAUGUAGAAGCGGGAGAGGCGGGAGUAAUGUGGGCUGGUUCGAAGCUGGAAAUGAAGGCGGAGAGGGAAGAUACGAAGGUUGGAACGAAUGCGGAAAUGCAGGACUUGGACGCGACAGCGAAGAUCCCACCAACGCCGCCGACGCCAGUUUUCAUCUCUGCCGAGAAACAACCCGUCGACUUCCGUUCUCGCAUUGGUCUCGAAUCAUUCUCCCCGAAUCCCACCGUGACCGCCGCGAUUCGCGCAACCGAGAGGAGCUUGUCCUUGAAGCCUACCGGCAAGGCACGAGAAAUCAUCGCUCGUAUCAAGGCAAGAGAUACAGCUGAGAAGGAGGCGGAGGAGAGGAAGGUCCGUCACGGUGCGAAUACUUGUGGUCUGGAUGGGAGCACGGAUGCGGUUGGAGUUGGCGUUGAGAGUGCCGUCCUAGGAGGAGUUGCUGAGGUGCUUGAGAAAGGAAUUACUGAUGGUGGCGAUAGUUGUGGCAUUUGCGUCGACACUGCUGGGACGGGUGAGGGUCUAGUUGUCGCUGACACUGAAGGUACAAACAAACUACUGAGUGUGAUCAGUAUUGACGUUGGAGUGAGCGUUGCAGUCAGUGGCACUGGAAGUACCACCGCUGGUUCUGGUGAUAUCGGGACAAAGUUCAGCGUAGGUGGGAUCGGAUUUCUAAGGCCGACGAGCAUAGGAUCUGCGCCUUGGAUGGGGAUGGGAGGGGACUUCGGCGUUGGUGCCAUCUCUGCUACGGAGAGCCGGAGGCAGGGGAGGAGAGGAAGUCGCGUUGCGGAUGACUCAAGGUUGGGUAGAGCAACCAUCCUGAUCUUCUUCAAGGGUGAGAAAGCCAAAAGAGAAGAUACAGAGAAGAGGGAGAGCGUAUAUUGGUGUGCGGUGUAUGAAGAAGAGUCAGGGAAGUGGGUUGGGUGGAAGGAGUGGGAACGGAACUUUGAUCGUCCAUUUCAUCUCGGCUUCCCUCGCGUCGAGCGCACGUUCGAUUCAACGAUCCUCCCAUGCGAAGAACUUGAUAAACGUGACCUACAUAAACGAAUCAACGUCUGUGCCAUCCCAAUCCCGUGA